AGGCAGCCCGGGACGUCGCCUCCCCAGCCGCCGCCGGUCACCGGACGCCUUCGGGGCGAGCGGAGCGCGGGUCACUCGUGGCUUCGAGACACCGGCGCGCCUCGGGUUGGAGCUUCUGACUGUGCGCUCCUGGCGCUGUGGCCUCGGCUGCCCGGGAGAAGCCGGAGCCGCGGACCGACGCGAAGAGCCGGGAGUCGGCAGCCCCGCCGCACCCGGAAUGCGGGGCCACUCCAACCAAACACCAAGCAUCCGGGGCGCGCGAGCCGAGGAGUGAGCGGACCCCAGGCUGCCACAAAAGACAUUUGGCCCGAGGGCUCCGACCGCGAGGUCACCCGGUUUGGCGGCCCGGGACGCGGCUGAACUGGCUUGGAGAAUGCGCCCCAGGACGCCGGGGCGCCGCAGCCGUGCGGGCUCCGCUGGCGAGCGCUGAUGGGGGUGCGCCAGAGUCAGGCUGAGGGAUGCGGAGUGGCGGCCCGUCCGCCGCCCAGAUCUUCGCUGCGCCCUUUCCCGGACCCGGCUUCUCCCAGGAUGGCUGCCCCGAGUCAUGGGUCGCGGCCGAGCUAGCGCGGAGCGUCCGACCCUCGCCCGGCGAGUCCCGGAGCCCGCCCCGCGCCCUACGAGCGCUGAUCCCUGAGGACGACGACAGCAGCAGCCUUGCCUCUGCCUUCCCUUCCCUUCCCGUCCCUGCCCCGCACUCCUCCCCCUGCUCGAGGCUGUGUGUCAGCACUUGGCUGGAGACUUCUUGAACUUGCCGGGAGAGUGACUUAGGCUCCCCACUUCGCGCCAGUGUCCUCGCCCGGCGGAUCCAGUCUUGCUGCCUCCAACCCUGUCACCUCUCCUCUGCUCCUUGGCCGACCUGGUCCACCCCAAGACACCGUUCCCCACGGGGAGAAGGACGACGCGGCUGACACCCAGAGAAGGAGGACCAGGCGAAGAAAGACAACAGAAACCCGGUCCCUGCUCCAGGUCCCUCGGACAGAGCUUUUUCCAUGUGGAGACUCUCUCAAUGGACGUGCCCUCUAGUGCUUCUUAGACGGACUGCGGUCUCCUAAAGGUCGACCAUGGUGGCCGGGACCCGCUGUCUUCUAGUGUUGCUGCUUCCCCAGGUCCUCCUGGGCGGCGCGGCCGGCCUCAUUCCGGAGCUGGGCCGCAAGAAGUUCGCCGCAGCAUCCGGCCGCCCCUUGUCCCGGCCUUCGGACGACGUUCUCAGUGAGUUUGAGUUGAGGCUGCUCAGCAUGUUCGGCCUAAAGCAGAGACCCACCCCCAGCAAGGACGCCGUGGUGCCCCCCUACAUGCUGGACUUGUACCGCCGGCACUCGGGCCAGCCAGGAGCGCCCGCCCCGGACCACCGGCUGGAGAAGGCAACCAGCCGCGCCAACACCGUGCGCAGCUUCCACCACGAAGAAGCCGUAGAAGAACUCCCAGAAAUGAGUGGGAAAACAGCCCGCCGCUUCUUCUUCAACCUAAGUUCUGUCCCCACGGAAGAGUUCAUCACGUCUGCAGAGCUCCAGAUUUUUCGGGAACAGAUACAGGAAACUUUGGGAAACGAUAGUUUCCAGCACCGAAUUAAUAUUUAUGAAAUUAUAAAGCCGGCAGCACCCAGCUUGAAAUUCCCUGUGACCAGACUCCUGGACACCAGAUUAGUGAGUCAGAACACCAGUCAGUGGGAGAGUUUUGACGUCACCCCGGCCGUGACGCGGUGGACUGCGCAGGGACAUGCCAACUAUGGGUUUGUGGUGGAAGUGGCCCAUUUGGAGGAGAAACCAGGUGUCUCCAAGAGACAUGUGAGGAUUAGCAGGUCUUUGCACCAAGAUGAACAUAGCUGGUCACAGAUAAGGCCAUUGCUAGUGACUUUUGGGCACGAUGGCAAAGGACAUCCACUCCACAGAAGAGAAAAGCGUCAAGCCAAGCACAAACAGCGGAAGCGCCUCAAGUCCAGCUGCAAGAGACACCCUUUGUAUGUGGACUUCAGCGAUGUGGGGUGGAAUGACUGGAUUGUGGCCCCUCCAGGCUAUCAUGCCUUUUACUGCCAUGGGGAAUGUCCCUUUCCCCUGGCGGAUCACCUGAACUCCACGAACCAUGCCAUAGUACAGACUCUCGUGAACUCCGUGAAUUCCAAGAUCCCAAAGGCAUGUUGUGUGCCGACGGAGCUCAGCGCAAUCUCCAUGUUGUACCUAGACGAGAAUGAAAAGGUUGUGCUAAAAAACUAUCAGGACAUGGUUGUGGAGGGCUGUGGGUGUCGUUAGCACAGCAACAAUAAAUAAAUAAAUAUAUAUAUAUUUUAGAAAAAGAAAAAACCCUACUCUCCCCCCCAAAAAAACCAGCUGACACUUUAAUAUUUCCCAAUGAAGACUUUAUUUAUGGAACGGAAUGGAAA